GGGCAGUGUUUCCAUAGCAAAAGAGAAGCAGGUCCAGAUGCCACGCGCCUUAAGUCCGGUCAUCUUUCGGUAUGCAAAUUAGCCACGCGUGCCUGAUACAAUCAGCAAUAGGUAAUAAAUAAUAAACUCUGCACAUAAGACGAGCAGCAAAAGUAAGAUAAUUUCUCUAUUUGUGACAAAUUCGUAAUAUUCACACUCAUGAUUCUUACAAAAAUGUUUUUACAAGCAAUAUUUUGUCUCAUUCAAUUUAAAUAUAUUGUUUAUUAUAUUUAUCUAUUCAUUCCUUAAAAUAAAAUAACACUAAAAACCCACAAAAACUAACUUUCUACCUAUUUUGUAAUGAUGUAAUGUAAGCUAUAGGUACCUAUAGCGCCUACGUAGGCUUAUACAAUAAAUAUAAACAUUACUUUUUAGUGUGUUCAUUUUUUUGGCAUGUCAUCUGAUUAUUAAAGUUGAACAAUAGUAAAAAAGAUCAAACUUUGAUCCUUUCUUAGACUUCUACAGAUGUCAUGCAUGUCUAAAGGCACGCGUCUUGGAUAGUCCGUUUCUUUUUUUGUUCUGACCAGCCAAUCAGAUCGCGCGGUGGAAACGCGUGCCACUGUCGCACUAUAAGUACUGGUCGCGUGUCAGGGUUGUACUCACUCUUCUCGAUCCACUAUAUACUGUAUAUCUUAAACGGCCAAAGUCUACUUAUUCAAAGCCAGCAUGGUUAUUGAAGGGAAAUCUCUGUCUGAAGCUCUGCUGUCUGCCAAGGCAGAGGGUCGACUUACUGUUGGUGUCUAUGAAAGCGCACAAAUAAUGAACGAGGACCCCGACAGUGUGUCUUUCUGCGUUUUGGCUACUGAUGACUUUGAGUGUGACAUCGCUCUGCAAAUCCAUUUUACUCUGAUUCAAGCCUUUUGCUUUGACAACGACAUUAGCAUCGUCAGGGUGAAUGACUUGAAACGUCUUCGAAAUCUGGUUGGUGCCAAGGGUCAGGACGCGCACUGUGUCCUUAUAACGAACCCAGCUGAUGGUUCGUGGGAAGAUCCUGCUUUAGAAAAGCUCCACCUGUUCUGCGAGGAAAGUCGCAGUUAUAACGACUGGGUUCCUGAGAUCACCCUGCCAGAGCGUUGAUCUGGAGCUUUACUCUUCUUUGCUGAGAUGUUGUAAACCUUGAGGAAUACUCUGCUCAUUCUUUGAAUCAAGGAUGAUGAUGUUUCCACAUCCCUGGAUGCUCCUGAGGAGGCUUAUCAGUCCAAGCAGCGCGAGUCAGGCCCGAGUGGCCCUCGCGGUUCUACGUCGUUUCUCGUCACGUCCAUGCCAAGAUGAUCCUCAUUCUUUAUGUGAAUGAGGUCAGGUAUGCCACGAGAGCGACACAAUGGCCCUCAUUCUUUGUGCGGAUGAGGUUUGGAGAGAAAGGAGAAGCGAGUUUUGCCUCUGUUUAUCAAAGAGCAAAUAUCGCAUGCGUUGGACACGCAGAGGACGCGGCGGUGCGUCGAAGCAACGUUUUUAAAAAAUGGACUUUAACAUCACCGACGUUUUUAAAAAUGUAAUUGUUGCACAAUAUAACGUACCUUAUUGUCAGCAAUGUGCUUUCCACUUUCCAGAAUUGUCUUAUACUCUAAAGGUUUCACUUUAGAAAAAUUUAUAUGACAGAAAAAGAGAAAACAAACAAAAAAGAAAGAUAAAAGUCAAUCUAAAGUUUUAACUUUAGGAUCAUAGGAAAAAAGAAAAAAAAGAAACAUAUUUAUGCUGUUUUAAAUAAUUCUAGACAAAAAAGAAAUGAAGAAAUGUUUUACUUUGUCUAA